GUGUAUUUUUAUUAUGUGUAGCAUGCAAGUUUAAUUAGCUAUAUACACCCAAAAACUUUCUAAGUGUUUUAGCAAGUUUUUUAGUGUCACUUAAAAAUGAGUAACGGAAAGCUUGGGUGGUGGAGACUCUUGGUUGUUGCUUCCUUCUUCUUCCAUGGCCUUUCUUCCUCUGAGACAGCACCCAACUAUAGCUUUGUCCACAACGCAACAACAGCACCACCAACCUCCUACUACGACUACAUCAUCGUCGGUGGUGGCACAGCCGGGUGUCCCUUAGCCGCCACCCUCUCUCACAACGCAACCGUCUUACUCCUAGAGCGAGGCGGCUCACCCUAUGGAAAUUCCAACAUUACCCUCCUCUCCUCUUUUGGGUCGGCCCUCUCGGACCUAUCCCCCAACUCCCCGUCCCAACGGUUUAUAUCCGAGGACGGGGUCAUCAAUGCAAGGGCCCGUGUCCUUGGGGGCGGGUCCUGCCUUAAUGCCGGGUUCUACACCCGUGCAGGACCCGGUUAUGUUCAAAACGUGGGGUGGGACCCACGUCUUGUUAACGAGUCCUACCAAUGGGUGGAGGAUGUGGUGGCGUUUCAGCCACCAAUGAGGGAGUGGCAAUCAGCUGUUAGGGAUGGGCUUCUACAAGCUGGGAUAGUCCCUUUUAAUGGGUUUACAUAUGAUCAUAUGAAUGGGACUAAGAUUGGUGGAAGCAUCUUUGAUAGGGAAGGGAAUAGGCAUACUGCUGCUGAUUUGUUGGGGUAUGCUAAUCCCCAUGGGAUUAAUGUGCUCUUGCAUGCUACUGUCCACAAGAUUUUGUUCAAAACCAAAGGACUAGCAAGGCCACAAGCCAACGGGGUGCAAUUCGUGGACACGCAAGGGGUCCGACACACAGCCUACCUAAAUCCCGGGCCUAAAAGUGAACUUAUAAUAUCAGCUGGAUCAUUAGGAAGCCCACAACUUCUAAUGCUUAGUGGGAUUGGCCCAGCAGAUCAUCUUAAGGCCCAUAAUAUUAGCUUGGUUUUGGAUCAGCCCAAUGUUGGACAGGGUAUGAGAGACAAUCCAAUGAAUGCAAUCUACAUCCCUUCUCCUCUCCCUGUGGAGGUCUCACUCAUCCAAGUGGUUGGUAUCACCCCUUUUGGCAGCUACAUUGAGGCUGCUAGUGGUGAGAAUUUCGGCGGCCGCACCGUCCACCCAAGAGACUUCGGCAUGCUCUCUCCAAAGAUUGGUCAACUGUCCAUAGUACCACCAAAGCAAAGAACCCCAGAAGCAUUAGCCGAAGCCAUUGAACAAAUGUCAAACCUACCUGACAUAGCCUUCCAAGGCGGGUUCAUCAUCGAGAAAGUAAUGGGUCCAGUCUCAACGGGCCACCUAGAGCUUCAAAGUCUUGACCCAAACCAGAACCCAUCAGUAACCUUCAACUAUUUCCAAGAACCCGAGGACCUACAAAGGUGUGUGCAAGGGCUACAAACCAUAGAAAAAGUAAUAGACUCACAACCAUUUUCCAAAUUCAAGUAUCAAGGUCAAUCAGUUCAUACUCUACUUAAUAUGACGGCUAGUACCCCAGUAAACAUGUUACCUCACCAUGCCAAUGUAUCAACUUCGCUUGAGCAGUUCUGUAAGGAUACAGUCAUGACUAUCUGGCAUUACCAUGGAGGUUGUUUGGUAGAAAGAGUUGUGGAUUCUGAUUAUAAGGUUAUUGGGGUUGACUCUUUAAGGGUGAUUGAUGGAUCUACCUUUUAUUAUUCCCCUGGGACUAAUCCUCAAGCUACUGUUAUGAUGCUUGGAAGGUAUAUGGGAGUAAGGAUGUUAAGAGAGAGGUUAGAAAGCCAAGGGAGGAAAUGAGCUGAACCAUCUUCAAUAAAGAUAAUGAUCAUGGAUGAUUCUGUUAAAUUUGCUUUGGAAAAAUUCUUAUUUUGUUGUUCUCAAACAAAUUUUGAGAUCUUAAAUUGUUUAACAUUGUAACUCAGUUUCUUCUAUUUUAUUCGAAAUAAUAGUAUCAUAGAUAUUCCAUAUGCCA